AUGUCUGACCUUGCCCUGCUUCUACACCACGACGACACUGAGCCGCCAAAGCCCGAUCCAGAAACGGAACAGGAGGAGCUGAACAGUGGCGGCGACGGCGAAGACCACGAUGACUCCCCCGCUCAAUCGGGCACUGAUUCCGGCGACGGCAUCCAGGAAGACGACGAGGACUACGUGAUGAAAGAUGAGCCCAGCGAUGACUAUAAUCCCGUCAAAAAUGAGCCUAACAACAAUACCGUGAAGCACGAGUCAGCUGAUGCUGAUGAUGAUGAUGAUGAUGAGGACAAACUGGAUAGUACCAAGGCCGAGGUACCCACCAAAGUCACUCAACAAUCGAUACUAUCACUGUUUGAGAAGAUCAAGACCCACUUCCCCGCUGCCCGCAUCAAAAAGAUCAUGCAACUGGACGACGACAUUGGCAAGGUGGCCCAGGCGACGCCGAUCAUCGUGGGGCGCGCGCUCGAGAUCUUCAUGGCCAACUUGGUCGAGUGCGCCAUCAUCGAGCUGAGGAAACAAGGGGUGAAGCGCAUUCUGGCGAUGCACAUCCGCGCCGCCGUCGAGAACCUGGAGCAGUUCGACUUCUUGGUCGACCUGGUGGCAAAGUACCCGCCGAUGAAGCAUUAA